AUGGAAGAACUACAUGCAGCUGCUUCAGCAUACUACCAGAAUGGCACUCAACAGACUCGGAAUCUGGCAUGGUCUUUCUUCCAAUCUAUGGACACCAACGGUGAUGGUCGAAUCAGCUGCUCGGAGUUCAAGGACUUCCUCCGGCAAAGUGGCUACAACUGGAUUAUUAACGACCCAAACUUCUUCAACAGACUUGACCGCAAUGGGGAUGGUGGAUUGGAUUUUGGGGAAGUUCUCACUUUCUACUACAUCAUUAAAACGAGGAAAAUCCGAUGCCAAGGGUCCCAGUGCGGCGCAUACCUCUUCGGUCUGUAUUUCACUUGCGUUGCUUGCUUUGACGGAGCUCAUGGGCAUACCUUUGAUCUCUGUCCUGCCUGCUAUCGCAGUCGGAGUUACUAUCACCACUAGCACCACACAUACUUCUUGGAUAAUCAUGUAUUGCUGCGCUCCAAACGAGGCCUAUUUCCAUAUGCUCCACCAGA